ACUUACAACUCCACAUUUUAUCCUGAAGAAAGUUCUAACCAGAACAAGUUGGUACGAUGAAAUACUUCUUCAAAUGCAAGGUGUGUUAUCUAUACCAUCGAAAUUCUUGACCCAGAGUAUAAGUGUCAAAACCACAUCCCAGACACUUGUCUUUGUAUGGUACCCAAAAGAUCGUGCAACUGAUAUACACUUUUGA